AUGCUUCCUGAUCACCUCAACGGAUCCUUCAGGCGAUACAAGAAGGAUACAGACUACUUCGUUACAUGGCUGGCCGUGACUGCGGGAAGCUCUGGUUUUCAUCUUCAAGAGAACUCUGAUACGUCCGACUCUCCUCAACCAGCCGCUCGUCAAGGCCCACGGCUGAAGGGAAAGGCUAGAAAAGAAGCCCGUGAACGGGAGAAAUCGGUAACACACAGAUCUUCACAGAACCUUACCACGCACCAGCUCAUGGAGUGCGCGAAGCAUAUUGCAUCUACGAAACCGUCGCCAUUUCAUGUACCCCGUUCUGUGUAUGAUGCGUUAUCAAAUGCCCUGGUUGCUCGCGUGGAGUGCUCUACCUGGUUCAAACUGCAAGAAAAGUGUUCGGGUAAUGCAGACCUCCAAAGAAGCAACGAUACGCACAGCCACUUCAACGAGACGUUAGAAACUGUACGUAAGCUGCUUCAGCCAUUUGUCCAGCGUUCGGCCAAGUCGCAACGCGCUACAAAGUCCGUAUUAGCUGCUGCGCCGGGGUCUAAGAAUACCUUUGGGGUGCUCGAACGGACGGGUAUAUCCGACAAGGACGAGGACGAUCAAGAGGAGAUUCCACUAGCACCCAAACCAGCGCCCAAGCCAGCGUCAGACUCCAAGAACCUUCCCGGGGAGACUUUGUAUCAACUUGAUUCAAAGGGUGAUACGCUGGUGGCCAUCCAUUGCUUGCUCGAAGACUUCUUUGAGCUCCGUCUCACUGUUCGACAUAACUGGAAAAUCUUCAUGGACACAAAAGGAGCCCUCGCCGACCUCAUGUCCACUGCCGCCAUGACACAAUGUGCAAACGAGGUUGCUUGUACACUUGCACGUGAUUUCACGGAGAAAUUUCCAGACAUCAAAUCCAUGGGUGAGAUUUUGAUGUUGCUAGUUGAGCCAGAAGUAGAAGUAGGCCUGCACAUCCCUACUGAGCCUACGACAAGACCGGAAGAUGAACACACAAUCUCAACAGCCGACACAUCAGCGCCACAACAGACUGAGUAUCAUAAGUUGGCCGCGGAAAUACUCCAGCACACCUACCUCAAAACGUUCCAAUUUACGGAGGAUUCUAGCGCGCUCGAGGGAAUACAGAACUGUCCGCGUAUCAACCUUGCUGAGGCCUCGGACGAGUUUAAAGAGUAUAAGCGUCGGGGUGAUGAGGCCAUGACUCCGCUCGACAGGCUUGAAGGAUGUUUGCGCACCCUCAAGAGCAUACACUCAAAGGCAGAUGUCAGUCGACAGAAGCUACUCCCUGACGCUGAUAGCUUUACCCGCAUGUGGUAUGACGCUCUCACCCCAGCAUCUGGUGCUAUCAAGCCUGGUGUUGAGCAAGUUAUGGUAACACAGAUGUUCCUGGACGUACUGACAGCAACGCAUCUCCAGGAUGGCGGCUCUUGGCUUAAUAGCCGAAUCGAUGAAGUGUUCGAAGUGAUCUUCGAUACUGACAUGGCUCUUCUCGACUUACACAAAGAGCCUCGUCCUAAGGAUGCGACAGCGGAUACCCUUACUCUUUCCGCGUGGCCACACAUCCCAGGUAAAGGUGCUGCGAACCUUGGAGACGCCACUGAUUUCUUGAACGUAUAUCUCGGGCUCAACCCCGUCUGGGCUGGUCUUCGACUACUCUACCGCUUUAUUGGGGUCAAGCUGCAAGAGACUGACCAAUUACUUGUGCAGGGGCCAAUCUCUUCAGCUGCACAUCUCCAAAAUGCGCUCUUGCAGCUCCGCCAUUCCAAUGAUCCGACUAAAGCAAUCCUUGAGAAAGGAUGGGAGAUGCUCGAUAUAGCGAUGGGACAUUUUGGAAAGAAGAAGAUCUUUUGUGCAUCAGACGUACCAAAGACUGUGAAAGACUGCUCCGCACGAGCUCGGCUAGCAAUGGGUGCCAAGGCUCAUGACUUUGCGAGGAACAGGCGCCGCCUGGACAGAGAUACACGACCCUUGAAGCCGCGUUCCAUUGACCUUUCAAUUCCCAUGCUACGCGCCAUCAUGUACAAUUACCAGCACCAGCAAACCAUGGGCGGGUCGAUGAUCAAUGCUUACGAAAGUCGCAUUAUACAAGCAAUGGAUCGUACAUUAUCCACCAUCGAGCACAUACAAGUUGACUUCAGAAGAUCGAAUCCAGAGAACUACCUGGGGAUAUUCCGCAUGCUUCUGUCGCUCGAUCUAGCUAACUGUAUGUUCAACUACGCCAAAUCAGCGAGAUUGUGCUCGCAGAUGCUUCAGGAAGCAUUGAAUGUACUACAUGGAGAGCGCAGCAAUCGGCAUCCUUGCCUUCUCCCGGCCGAUUUACUGGAAGCAGAAAAGGCUGCACUACACGCCGCCAGAAAAGAUAUCGACACUGGCCUGGUAGUUUCGAAACACAUGGAGCAUAUAGCAGAGGUCUUUGUUCAGUACAAGGAUCGGUAUGGGGGCUUCAAGGAGGAGCUAGAAGGACGGUGUCGGUAA